AUGUUGUCUGCAGCUCGUCUUCCGCGCCGUCUCGCGGCAGUGCGCGCGCUUCACAACCGCACCCGUCUGUGCGCGCAGCCUGGCAAAGACCACCAGCUCUCCCAAGACACCGCCAACAGCCCAUCAUCUCUCUUCACACCGCUGGAUGCCGCCUCGAACGACACUUCCAAGCAGGACACGCGAGAGGCAUCAGGCAAAUCCGAGGGGGUAGGCUUCGUCGAGCAGGUGGGGUCCGCGAGCAAGUCGGGCCCGCAGGAGCCGGAUGGCAGCAAGGGCGGGCAGGUGGAGAGCAUGCCACCUGGAUUCUUCAGUGCAAUCAAAGGCAAGCUUGGGCUGGAAACUACGAGCGGGCAGGCGAAGCAGAAUCGUGGUGCGGGCGUCGGCGUUACAGGCGCGGGUACAACGAGGCAAUUCCAUGCGUGCUGGGGAAAUGCGGAUAUACAACCGAUGUUCCCUCCAUACCAAAUGAGUAAUGAUGGAGGGAAGAAGGUCAAUGGGCAGCAAAAUAGCUCGUUCUCGACGUCUGCGCGCACGGGUGUCGAGAAGACGAAUCACACAGCAGAGUCUUAUUUCAAAGACGUCGACGAGACACCUGCUACAGGUAAGACUCACCAAGUCGACCCAUCGGGCACUGGUGCAAAGAUUAAUUCGAACGCGGUCCAAUCAUCUGGAGAGUACGACACGGUUAGCAAGAAGGAACCGUACGACACCCCUCCCUCGAGCGGAGAAGACAAGGAUAAGAAAUUGCGUUACGGGAAUGUUCCUGGGCUAGGAUCCAAAGAUCAAGUGAGUGAGCCUGAAGAAGGUCCUGCGGGUGCGUCUGCGGAGGGGCGGAAGCCUGAGGGUAGAAAGUAA